GUCUGAUUGUGGUUCCGUCUCAUAACAGCAGCCGUCAGUCUCCUGUUAGCUUGUGUUAGCUUGUGUUAGCUCUGUCAGCUCUGUCAGUUCAUCUUCGGCCUCCAUAAUAAUCUCUCUGAGUCUGAGUCUGAGUCUGGAUCUGGAUCUGAGUCUGAGUCUGAGUCUGAGUCUGAGUCGCAUCAAAAUGAAAUGAGUCCACUCAUACUCCGGGACCUGCUAGCUGCUAGCCUCCGUUAGCCUCGUCUUUGGAGCCUGCUAACGGUGCUAACAGUGCUUAAACCUAGCUGUGUCGUUUCAGAGUCUGUUUAUUUGUUUUUUGUGAUGAAAAAAUCGAGGACGAGACGUUAGCAUGGACACACACCUACGGAGUCAGUAACAGUUUCAGGUCUCUGUGAAGCUCAGUCCACGUCAGACCCCCCCCCCCCAGAGUGAUCCAGACUCUGUAGACCUUCAUCUGAUCUGGGGUCAGUUUGACCUUGACUCUGAAGCGAUUGAGACAGCCAUGCUGACCUAGACCAGGACCAGGACCAGGACCUGUGAGUUUGUGCAGCGUGAGCAGAGUAAUCCAGAUCCAGAGACCAUGUCUGAGAACCAGGCCAACAACAACAACAACGUCCCUGUAAACAACAACAACAUGGGACCCAACAGAAUCCGAAACCCCAACAUGAACCAGAACCCCCUCAUCAAUGUCCGAGAUCGCCUCUUCCAUGCCCUCUUCUUCAAGAUGGCUGUCACAUAUGCCCGACUUUUCCCGCCAUCCUUCAGGAGAGUCUUCGAGUUCUUCGUCUUGCUCAAAGCGCUCUUCGUCCUCUUCAUCCUCGCCUACAUCCACAUCGCCUUCUCUCGCUCGCCCAUCAACUGUCUGGAGGCGGUGAGGGAGCGCUGGCCCCGUGACGGCAUCCUGCGGGUGGAGAUCCAGAGGAACUCCAGCAGGGCCCCGGUCUUCCUGCAGUACUACGAUUCAGCAGCCCUCCAGGAGGAGCUGGAGGCAGAGGAAGGAGGAGGAGGAGGGAGGGUGGGGCUCAGUCUGGCAGCGCUGCAGGAGGAAGAGGAGGAGGAAGAGGAGAUGACCCUGGAGAUGUUUGAUAACAGCUCAGUGCAGUUUGAGCUGGACAUGGAGCCUCGUCUGAAGCCCUCUCUGGUCGGAGGUGGAGCAAGAGGAGGCGGAGCAGCAGCAGCAGGAGGAGGAGUCAACGACAGCCAGGACGUCUCCUUUGCCCAGACCACUAAAGGUACGCAGCUGCUGAAGGAGUCAGUGUCUGAACUGGAGAUGAUGACCAGAGCAGUGUGGCCUCAGGAAGAAUACAUCGUAGAGUAUUCUCUGGAGUAUGGCUUCCUCCGUUUGUCUCAGAGUACCAGGCAGAGACUCAACAUCCCCGUCAUGGUCGUAACUCUGGAUCCCAUGAAGGACGAGUGUUUCGGUGACGGCUUCAGUCGUUUCUUGCUCGAUGAGUUCCUGGGCUACGAUGACAUCCUGAUGUCCAGUGUGAAGGCUCUCGCUGAGAACGAGGAGAACAAAGGGUUCCUGAGGAACGUGGUCUCUGGAGAACAUUACCGCUUCGUCAGCAUGUGGAUGGCCAGAACCUCCUACCUGGCCGCCUUCGUCAUCAUGGUCAUAUUUACUCUCUCUGUGUCGAUGCUGCUCAGAUACUCUCACCACCAGAUCUUUGUCUUCAUCGUGGAUCUGCUUCAGAUGUUGGAGAUGAACAUGACCAUCGCCUUCCCAGCAGCCCCUCUGCUCACCGUCAUCCUGGCCCUCGUCGGUAUGGAGGCCAUCAUGUCGGAGUUCUUCAAUGACACGACCACAGCUUUCUACAUCAUCCUCAUUGUCUGGUUGGCCGAUCAGUACGACGCCAUCUGCUGCCACACCAACACCAGCAAACGUCACUGGCUUAGGUUCUUCUAUCUCUACCACUUCGCCUUCUACGCCUAUCACUACCGCUUCAAUGGCCAGUACAGCAGCCUGGCCCUGGUCACCUCCUGGCUCUUCAUCCAGCACUCCAUGAUCUACUUUUUCCACCACUACGAGCUUCCUGCCAUCCUGCAGCAGAUCCGGAUCCAGGAGAUGCUGCUGCAGAACCAGCAGGCGGGUCAUGCCAACCAGACAGCCCUGCAGGACAACCUGAACAACAACCACGCUGCUGCUGCCGCCGCUGCCGCUGCCGGUCCUAGACCCACCGACACCCCCCAACCCGGACCCGUCGACACACCCCAGCCUCAGGCUGACCCCCAGCCCUCCUCCUCUCCAGCAGCAGGAGGGGGAGGGGAGGUGAGGUCGGAGUUGAACUGGGUUGCUCAGACGGCUGCCAUCAUCGCUGAGUCUCUGUCCUCCUCCGCCCAGCGCCUCCCUGACUCCAUCGAGCCCCUCCCUGUCAGCGGGGCAGGCGCAGCUGGAGGUCAGGGGUCAGCAGGAGCAGGAGAAAUCAGCGUGGUGGCUGAGUUCUGGAUGGGAGGAGGAGGAGGAGGAGGAAGAGGAGGAGCAGGUGGUGGUGGUGGAGGAGGAGGAGGAGGAGGAGGUGAUGAUGAAGAUCCAAAUGCCGUUUCAGUAGAAAUUAAAACCACAGCAGGAGCUGACCCUCCACCCAGCCAUCCAAUCAGAGGGCUGCAGGCGGAGGCGGGGGUCUCGGAGGCGGGGGUCUCGGAGGCGGGGCCUGUGGCUGCAGAGCCCCCACAGACAGACUGCCCCCCCCUACAGAGUCCAGGUACAAACUGGGACUGCAGACCACCACAGCAGCAGCAGACUCCCUCACAGACCCCGUCCUGAGAGUCCAGAUGUAGUCCUGCUGACAUCAUCUCACCUGUCUGACACUGUGCCUCAGUCUGUCAGCUGAUCAGGGUGAUUAAUUAGUGAUCAAGGAGGGGUUUUCAUAUUGAUCCACAUCAGAUCAGGAUCCAGACCUCCAGUUCUGGUCUGACCAGUCACAUUGUAUUUCUAAAUUUAAACUAAUAUCUGAUUCAUUGAUUAGUUCAGUGUUUCAAACUUGAGGAUUGAGACCCUGCAGCAGGUCACAUGAUGGUUAAACUGGUCGUCAUAGAGACAGGGUUUGAUUCUGAAUCCAGUCCAGUCAGGGCCAGUCCAGUUCUUUGAAACCCAGAGAGUGAUAGAAAACAUGAAGCUGGAACCAGGGAAAAAAUUGUUAAUUAUAAAACCAGUUGAAGACUGUUAAUGAACUGAUUGAUUGAUUAAUCUCACCUGUCCUCAGGUGAGUUCAUUCGAACACAGCUGCAGCUAAUGAUUAUCAUCUCAUUAACAGGCUCCGCUCAGUCCUCACUUCAAUUAAUCUACUGUUUGAUUUCAUUUCAUGUUUAUCAGUUAAUUGAUUAAUUAGUUAAUUGCGUCAUCUGUCGAUAAAACAUGACUUUAUUUAGGGACAUGUGAGCAGAAUCUAAAAUAAGAAAUCUCUUCAGACUCACAUGAACAUGAUCCACAUUGUUUUCAGUUUGUUUUACCUCCAUACCUGUAAACACAAACUAGGUCUGACUCCUCUGACUCUCACACCACCCUGCUGCCUCAAACAUUCAAUAAAGCACCAAAUGUGGAUAAAUCUGCCGCUGGAAAUAGUCCCCAACAAGGUCAGUUUCCUCCUGUUUGAUAAAAACUUCAGUGAUCAGCUGUAAGCUGUAGGAACCAAUGAGCUGAGAGCCACAGACAGGAGGGAACAUACUGACAGACGGACUAACACAUUUUGGAUUUAUUGAUUAAUAAGAAAUAUAUAAGCCAAAUUAAAGUGAACUGAAACUGAAAAUCAGCUUCACUGAUUCCCCAGAUAAAAACUGCUGAUCUGUAUUGAUCAGCCCUGAUUCUGACAGAUUGAAGCACAAAUUCUGAACUGUGUUGAUUUUUUGUUUCCACCUGCUUUUAUUUUGAAGAAAAAGACUCUUUUAGAACAGGAAGUUUGUUAUGGAGCAUUUUGGUGGAUCAGGACUUCCUGUCAGAACGGAUGCCUUAUCAAUAAUCCUCCGACUGUCUGUGGACGCUUCAGAGUCAACAGCAGCCGAUCAAGCUGAUUGGUUGUGCAGUAUAAUGCAAGCUGUGUCACACCUUUGGCCCCGCCUCCCGGUAGAGUUCCCUGAACUCAUCGCAAUAACUAAGUCCCCCAAGUCCCCUGAACUCAUCACAGUUACUAAGUCCACUAAGUCCCCCAAGUCCCCUGAACUCAUCGCAGUGACCUGAGUCCCCAGAAUUCAGUGGCUAACCCGGGGUAAAGUCAGACUUUGUAAUCCUGAGUUUAAAUACCUGAAAUCAAACCAGGCUAAAUCCGAUCUGGUCCAACUUGGACCAGUUACACGGUCUGAGUUCCUUGAUCCUGGACUAGUCAUUAACACCUGAUCAAUAAUGACCUGAACACACCAUUGCCCAGGUGACCUGCGGUGAACUGGACAGAGACGGCUGCCUCAUCAAACCACUGGUCUGCCUGUUGUGAAGGGGGCGGGGCCUGAGGUGUGACUCAGCAUCAGAGACAGACACUGAACCCAGCUGAUGGGCUUUGGAGGUUUUGGGAUUGUGAGAGUUUUUCUUCUUUGUGCCUCUGCUGGAUGGCUGUAGCAUCUUUAGUUGAUCUGAAGCCUGAAACUCAUCAAAGUGUAUUUAACUGUCCAGUAAAACCAGUAAAACCAGUGCACAACAGCUGUUCGCACCAA